AUGGCGCUAGCAGCGAUCGACACCUUGGGACUCUCGCAACACGCCGCCUUCUGCCCUCCACCGCUGCAUAUCCAAAAGAAGCCACGCAGAGCAACGUUUCGGAAACGUAUUUUCCGUAAGUCAACGCACAAUCGCGACAACGACCAGUACGUGUACGGUCCCUUGGACGACAUCAUCAACGAGAUCAGAAGCAACAUCUGGGAGUCACCACAUGACUACAGCACUGAAACAUCUCUUCUCAGUUGGGCAGCCUCGCUCGACGUGCCGUCGACGUGGACCGUAACACCCUUGCCUGUUAGUCGACUACCCAGCAAUCAGCCUCUAACCAUACGUAAGAACAGGGAAAGUCGUUCAUCGGCAUCAGGCUCCAGUAUGGGAGACCCUCUGUACUUUUCACGCACCAGUAGUCAGGACUACGCAUUCGAUGGUGGGCCAGUCGGCGCGCCUGUGUCAACAGGAGAUACUCCGUGGCCUUUGUUUGAUGCACCCAUGUCGUACGAAACGGCGCACACGCCAAACACCUCAGACGCUGCUGGCCACUUCAACCACAUCAACGCAUCCGAAAAUGUCAGUCAGAAUGCGGAAGCCCGCACUAUCCCCACAAAGCGUCGACCCUCUGUUCUGCGAAUGUUCACUGGCUUCUCACGCCUGCGACGUACGGAUACCGGCGAAACAAAUGGCAGUGGUGGUGAUGCUUCAGACCCAGCGUCACCCACGUCACUCGAAGCUCACAACGAGGACGAACGAGGAGAGGAAGUAUCGGAGGAACCCAGCGAGAAUGCUGUCGAGGCAUACAUUAGGAAAAAUGCUCGCAAUGGGGCUAGACUGGGUUCUAUCAUGGGCCGAAUCGCCAGACGACUUCCUUCUCCUGUGGAACAUCGCCAUGACGAUCAGGAUCUCCAGAAUAUAGCCACGCGUGGGAAUGCUCCGACCACUCUGCGAGCUGCUGUGAGGGUCUUUUCCGAGGUCACGCAGCUCUCCUAUGAAGAACAACAGGAAUUUUGGAUCGCCGUGGAGAUCGAAGGUGCUCUCCACAACCGCAUAUCGCUUCCCGACAGUACCAUUGAUGUGAUCUUCGUUGUUGAUAACGCGUACUAUGUCAGCAGGGAUUGUCUGAGCAGAGCUUUAGAUGCCGUGAACAGUGCUCUUUACCAUCUCGACCGGGGUGAUCGUGUAGCACUUUACGCGACGCACUGCACUCACCAAACUGUCACCGGCAACAGACCAGACCUAUUGUUCCCAAUCGGACCUUUCAACACAGAUACCGAAGAGACCUUCCGUGACCUCACUGCGACUAUCGCCAAGUACGGCACACAGUCAUGGAAGCCCCCACGACCAAACCCCUCGAUGGCUGACGUGAUCUUGGGUGUGGCAAGGUCUCUUGAGGACAAGGGCAUGAAGCACCGACGUACCCAUGUUGUACUGCUCUCUCCAGCUGCACACAUCCUGCACGAUGUUUCCAAAUCUUGUCCAGAUCUAUGCAUCCAUCAGAUCAACCCUGCAGCGGUCCCGUACCGACGCGUUCCUGACAUCGGCGACACGCAAUGCAUCGAAGAGUGCUGCAAGAACGUCUUCAUCAGCAACUGGAGCCACUUUCAGUCUCUUCCUGGACGUAUCAAGCGCAUUUUGAAGAACGCUCGGUCGGUCAAGCCAAUAGGGGAGAUUACCCAGGUCUGUAUUGACGUACGGGCCAGGGAUGGCUGCAAAGUCACCGAAUGCUCGGGAACCAAAGACAUCGCAAGUCUACGUCUUGGUCAGGUCCACACAAUAUUUGCCAAAGUCCGCACAACACGAAAUGCAACCAAAGCAGUCGACUUGCUGUCGAAAAACCCUGUCUUCAACUCAUCUCUGGAUGUCAAAGACCUGAGGCAGCAGCUGCAGAACGCCGUGACCGUAGGUGCUGUGAAAGCUCACCUCCUUGAUGUCCAGGUCUACCACCAGAACACACUACAUGGAACAGAUUGCUGGAAUUACACCGAGACGCCCUUCCUCAUUGUUCGUGACCUGGGCGGCCUGGCCCCUCCGUUCGACACCUCCGUGGAAGUACAUAAGCGCCAACUGUUCAACAAGUUUGUUCAGCUUGACAUAAAUGCAGCGAAAGUCGAGGCCGAGACUUUGCUGUCUACUCUUGCAGAAGACCAAGAACUAUUGAGGAAGCUCGUCCAACGUAUAUUCAGGGAGCUUGAUCGUUACCAGCAAGUGCUCGAAUAUGAGCAAGAGAAUCGUCAGAAAUUACCAUUAUGUCCAGGCCCGAUCGCCAUCGAAGCGUCACCCCAUGAGUGGCUCGUGGACGUAUGGAACAGGAAAAAGACCAAGCGUCAGGGUGUUGCCGUGGUCGAAGAGGAGGAAAGCGACUGGGCUGAAGUGACAGCUGUCGAAACUUCGACACGGGCUGAACUUAAUAUGUUUGGGUAA